CAUAGGCCAGACGCCUUGCUCUUUUGAGACAUCAAUCCAGGUCGGUAACGGUUCUCGUCGAUUUGCAGCUAGCUGUGCAUCCUGCCUUCUCCAUACCUCGAAGAUGAUAUUUUCCGCAAUUUUGAAAGGUGCAAGAUCGCGGGGUGGACUUGACGACCGCAACGACGACUCAACCGUCUGGUACAAAACGAUCGUGCCGGAAUACCGGCGUCUCGCAUCGAACUCGCUCUAUCCAGAAUCCAAGGUCGGCUUCAUGUAUCGCACUCUGGCCGUCAACCCAGGUGUGUUCCUACCCUGGAUAAAGCAGAAGCCGGAAGCGCGAGGGGUGCGGUUUAUUCGGAGGGAAAUCGAAUCUAUCCCCGAUGCGAAGCGUCUGGCGCCGUGCGAUGUUGUCGUACAUGCGUCGGGGCUCGGUGCGUCGUACCUUGCGAAUGACAAGAACGUUGUCCCGGUUCGGGGGCAGACGAUGUUUGUUGAGACGGAUUUUGAUGAGAUGGCUAUGGUCCAGGGGUCGCAUUAUACGUAUGUCAUCCCGCGGAUGUUUACCCGGGGCGCCAUUGUGGGCGGAGUGAGUCAGGAGGGGAAUUUGGAUACUGCGGUGGAUGAGAAGUUGAAGCCGGAUAUUGUGAGACGGGUGAGGCAGUUGGCGGAAGGGCGCCUCGAUGAGAUUGAUCCGCAGAAGCACUCGACGAGGGACAUCGUGGCAUUCCGGCCGGGGAGGAAGGGCGGAUAUCGACUCGAGGCUGAGGGAGAUGUAGUGCACGCCUAUGGGUUCGGAUGGUUGGGGUAUGUCUACAGUUUUGGAGCAGCCCUGGAGGUGCUAAGGCUGGUGGAAAGGAAGUCAUGUUUGUAGAGGCGUCGACUAUGAGUUGAGGUUGUGAUAUCAGAUUUAAUACCGGUAAUAAGCCCAUAUAUUGCCGGUUCCUUGCUGCUGUGUCGCCCCGAGCAUUCAAUAUUAUUGCAUUCCCGAGACUUCCUUACGGUCUGGAGCUCCACUCG